CCGUAGCAGCAUGGCGGCCACGGAAGAUGAGCGGCCGGCUGGGAGUGGAGAGGGAGAGCGGCUGGAUUUCCUACGGGACCGGCACGUGCGGUUCUUCCAGCGCUGCCUCCAGGUCUUGCCGGAGCGCUACUCUUCGCUCGAGACCAGCAGGUUGACUAUUGCAUUUUUUGCUCUUUCUGGGCUGGAUAUGUUGGACUCCUUAGAUGUGGUGAACAAGGAUGAUAUAAUCGAGUGGAUUUACUCCCUGCAGGUCCUUCCCACAGAAGACAGAUCAAAUCUAAAUCGCUGUGGUUUCCGAGGCUCUUCAUACCUGGGUAUUCCAUUCAAUCCAUCAAAGAAUCCUGGAACAGCUCAUCCUUAUGAUAGUGGCCACAUAGCAAUGACCUACACUGGCCUUUCAUGCUUAGUUAUUCUUGGAGAUGACCUAAGCCGAGUAAAUAAAGAAGCUUGCUUAGCAGGCUUGAGAGCCCUUCAGCUAGAAGAUGGAAGUUUUUGUGCAGUUCCUGAAGGCAGUGAAAAUGACAUGCGAUUUGUAUAUUGUGCUUCCUGUAUUUGCUAUAUGCUCAACAACUGGUCCGGCAUGGAUAUGAAAAAAGCCAUCAACUAUAUUAGAAGAAGUAUGUCCUAUGACAAUGGGUUGGCACAGGGAGCUGGACUUGAAUCUCAUGGAGGAUCAACUUUUUGUGGCAUUGCAUCACUGUGCCUGAUGGGUAAACUAGAAGAAGUUUUUUCAGAAAAAGAAUUGAACAGGAUAAAGAGGUGGUGUAUAAUGAGACAACAAAAUGGUUAUCAUGGAAGACCUAAUAAGCCUGUUGACACCUGUUAUUCUUUUUGGGUGGGAGCAACUCUAAAGCUUCUGAAAAUUUUCCAGUAUACUAACUUCGAGAAAAAUAGAAAUUAUAUCUUAUCAACUCAAGAUCGCCUCGUAGGGGGAUUUGCCAAGUGGCCAGAUAGUCAUCCAGAUGCUUUGCAUGCAUACUUUGGAAUUUGUGGCCUGUCACUAAUGGAGGAAAGUGGCAUUUGUAAAGUUCAUCCUGCCCUGAACGUAAGCACACGGACUUCUGAACGCCUUCGAGAUCUCCAUCAGAGCUGGAAAACCAAGGACUCUAAACAGUGCUCAGAGAAUGUACACAUCUCCACAUGACUAACUUUAGAUUGGGAGGGUGGGGGGAUUUGUAGCCUAACUGUAGCUCAAGGUUAAAAGCCAUGUAUAACCAAGUGUGCUCUUUUUUUUAAGAGGUAGAGUCUUACCAUUGAAUCUUGUGCUGAUGUCACUUUGGUAUAUGGUCUUGAGCCAGUAACCUUCGUACUAGGUUUCAAGGAAAUCUUUGUUGAAGUUUGAACCACAGUGGACUCUGUUGUGGUUCUUAAAUGUUUAUAUAUUGUAUUUCUAAGUUCUCUGAGGCAAACUAACUGUAUGUAUGAAGGUUAUCUU